AUGCCAACGCAGCUCAAGACGGAGCCAGGUGUCUCUGGAACCGACACGGGUACGCCAGCUCCUUCCACCCGGGAGCAAGCCCGAGCAACAGCAACAUCUGCCCAGACGCGGUUCGGAACGCCGUCGAGGAUCGGGGAGAAACCGCCGUCUGUUGCUUCGACACCGUCCAGUGCCCCGCCCGCUGUUCCUGCAUUCGACGGUGGCAGUGUGCUGCAAGCCAGGAAGAAGAUGGCUGCUCAGGCUGAGCGCUUCUCUCAUAACCGUAUCCUGGACUUCGGCAUCAAGGUCAGGGCGGUUCGGGUCGGCACCGAGUCACAACACACCGACUUCACAGUGCACGAGAACUUGCUCAGGCGCUCGCCUUUCUUCGUCAGUCCACUUGACCCCUGCGGCUCCGGAGAUGCUGGCGCCUUUACCGCGUUGCCAGACCACAAACCGACCGCUUUCACCGUCUACGUCCAGUGGCUAUACUCGGGUCGUCUCCACACGAAACCUUCCAAGGAGGAAACCACAGCAGUCGGAGACCCUCUUCGUCGCCAAGAGUGGUUAAAGCUCGUGGAUGCUUAUAUCCUCGGAGAGUAUCUGGGCGAUAUCGACUUUCGGGACACGGUCAUUGACGCCAUGCUGGGAUGGUUUCACGAGGCGCAGACACAGGACAGGACUAGCUUACUCGAUAGUGUCGGAGAGGUCUACAUGGAAACGUCUCCUGGGAGCCCUCUUUGCCGGCUAUUGUCCGAUAUAGUGGCGUGGCACUUCGAGGACAGGACGCUCCAGGAGAUGAAGGUGAAGCAGACCUCCUUUCAACUUCCACCUGCCUUCCUCUUGGAUACACUCGUAAAGCUGUCCUCUCGCUUUCAAGGCGCGGGCAUGGCAGCUUUCGGCCGUGGCUCGCCGGUGAAUGCGGGACGUGGAACUUGCAUCUACCAUUGUCAUGGUCCCGGAGACAAGGCUUGCUACAAGACGUGGCGAGAAGAGUGAGCAAUGGACUGUAGAUGGAAUUGGUUAUUGCGAG